CGCGGGGGCGGGGGGCGGGGCGGGGGCGCGAGGGAGGGUGCCGCCUCCGAUGGCCAGUACAUAGAGGUGGCCGUUGCCCCCCACUCUGCCAGUCAGUCAGUGAGUGUAGCUUAGGGCGAGACGAUCCCCCAACCCAUCUCUUCCUGUGAAAUCGCCGACUAUACAAUAAGACUCCAAGAUGGCAGAACGCUGCAAAAUGGAGACCGCUCCGAUCUCGGAGAAGGUGAGGCAGAUCGCCGAGAAGGAGCUCCGCGAGACUCCCGAGCUCGUCAAGGAGUCCGUGGCCAAGCUGCGCGAACUCAUCAAGGCCGACGGCAAAAUUAAAAUUAACGUGGACGACGACAACCUGAUGAUCAUCUUCCUGAGGCCGUGCAAGUACUACCCCGAGAGCGCACUCGAACUGAUCAAGCGCACGCUCAAGUUCAAGGAGGACAACGGCGCUCUGCUCAACGGCCUGCAGCCCGAGACGGAGAAAGAUGCCAUGCUCAACUCGGACGUCGUCAACGUGCUCGUCGACCGCGACCAGAACGGCCGUCGGGUCCUCAUCAACAAGUGCGGAGCCACCUGGGAUCCCAAGAAAGUCAGCACAGACUCGAUCUUCAGGAUAUUCUACCUGAUCCACCUGGCCGCCAUGCUCGAGCCCGAGUCGCAGGUGGCGGGCGUCGUCGUCAUCCUCGACUUCGAGGGCCUCGGCAUGAAGCAGGUGUCGGGCUUCUCGCCCACCUUCUCCAUGCGCCUGCUCAACUUCAUCCAGGAGGCGAUGCCGCUCCGGCUCAAGGAGGUGCACAUCGUCAAGCAGCCCUUCCUCUUCAACAUGGUGUGGACCAUGUUCAAGCCCCUCGUCCGCCAAAAGCUCAAGGGCAGGCUGUUCUUCCACGGCGACAAGAUGGCCUCCCUCCACAAGCACAUGGACCCCAACCACCUGCCCGCCGACUACGGCGGCAAGCUGCCUAAGAUCAACUACACCGCCGGCGACUGGUUCCCCGAGAUCGAAAAGUGCAGGAAGCACAUCGCCGACUGGGAUAGCUACAAAUUGGAGAAGUAGAGAAGGCAACAACGGCAGAGGGCAGCACCAACGCCACAAACCCCCCAAUCUCACCAAGA